GGGAACUUGCAUUCCAAGUGGUUCCAAGAAUGUUUUGCAAAGACUGUCCUCCCGAUAAAAUUGGUGAAUACUGCCACCUACCGAACCCUUGUCAUCCGGCCCCAGGACCAUGUAAGAAUAGAGCAACAUGCAAACCGAAUGUUCAAACCUUGAAUGCCUAUGAUUGCGUCUGCGUGGGGGAAUUCACUGGUAAAAAUUGCGACAAGACAAAAACACCGAAAGAUAUCUGCGUAGGGCAUAAGUGCAGUGGAUACAAAUGCGUAGCGGUACAAGGCAAACCUACUUGCGCCUGUCCAGCAAACUGCAAAGCGAAGCCUGACUGCUCUGUUUGUACGCCGGUGACACCAUGUACUCCUAACCCUUGCUUAAAUGGCUGCCAAUGCAAAUUAUCAGCGAGGCAUGAAAGCGGUUUCUUGUGCUCUGGAUCUAAAGCCAAUCUUGGAAGACUAUGUGAUAUUGCACCUGCCGAUAUAUCAUGCGGACCUACGGUCAUUGAAGUGAAGAUUCCCGAAUCUGUCGUCAAAGCGUAUGAAUCUGGGGUAAAAGGAGCGAUUGUGUAUUUCUCUCCUACGGCUGGAAACACUCAUAGUUGUGUAGCAGUCUAUGAUUCUGGUUCAAAGAAAUAUGUUCUGAAGAUUCCGGCGCCAUUUUCAACAUGUGGAACAAAGAAAAAUACCAUCACUGGAGGGUUUGAGUACACCAACAAUGUAUGGAUGAAUCGUAAGAGCAAUGUGAUUGACAUGCCGGUACCAGUUCUGCAGUUCAAAUGCACGUAUGGUGGAAGUCAGACGGUUAUCAGUACUUCGAUACAACCAGCGCUCCCACCCGCCAAUGCCAUGCCAGUCAUCACAAACUCAGGCAAAUUCAAAGUCAUCAUGAAUGCGUACAAGAAAGCUCCUGGCGCCGCAGAUAGACAGAAGCUUACUGGCGGAUCUGUUUACACGGUUGGCCAGACCGUCUAUCUCACUGCAGAACUCGAGAUUUCGAAUAAGCCUACAUCCGGGAAUUUGGUGCUGAAGAUAAUCGAUUGUUACGCAACACCCAGUCUUAACUCUUUGACAGGAAAAUUGGAUUUGGUUAAGCAAGGAUGCCCUGAAAAGAGCGUUGGCGUUAAAAUCCACGGAACAACACUGACUUCUAGCGCCACCGUCUGGUUUCGUACAUUCAAGUUAUCGAAGAGUCAAUAUGUCUACUAUACCUGCAAAGUCGAUGUCUGUAAUACGUUGGAAGCAACAUGCAAACUUCCUACCAACUGCGCAACAACUGGUCGUCGCAAGAGAGAUGUCGAAUCUGGCAACCCUGAUGAAAAUAAGAAUCUUGUCAGCGUGGGACCUUUGAUUAUUCUUACCAAGAACGAGAAAGAGAAACUCUCGGAAUCUCUCGCUGAUCCAGACCAACCUGUUUACAUAUCUGGGGAGCUGAUUUCCUUGGGAGGUAAAGAUCUGACGACAACCGGAUCACCAUUACCAGACACCGCAUCUCAUGAUCUUCAACUAGUCCUGGUGUCCCUUGCCAAUUUCGUUGUUUUAGUCUUAUUCUCCAUCUGCGCCCUUUGCCUCGUCCUUGCUAGAAAGAAGCGAAAUCUUCCCGCCUAAAUUCUACCGCCACCUAGUGUAAAAUAAUAACCAUAGAUUGCUAAAAUGUCCUCGAUAUCAAAUUUUGUUUUUGUUCUGUGUACUGUACAAAUAAUUAUACAUUCAAGACGUUUUGCAGAGCAAUCUGAUUUAUUUCAUCCAUAUUUUAUUUCCUGUAAAAUUUAUAUACCACUUGAUUGAUUUUGUCACCGUUUGUCACCGAAAUUCACCGUUUGUCACCGAAAUUCAAUGCAAACUCAGAAAUUAGUUAUUUUUGUUACAAAAUCAGUUAAAAAUUUUAAAUUAUUCCCGCCAUUUAGUCUUUUCCCGACGGUAGAAUUUAUUUCUUUUUUAAUAUUUUUCAAGGUACCUUAUCGAAUCCUCAGCCGCAACAUAUCAGGAUGACGCUGAAAUCUAAAUUUAGAUACAUGAUUUUUAAAACCAAAACUGAUACUAUUUUGGCCGUUUAGUUAGCAAAAUACAAUAAUUAUUCAAAGUAGAAAUAUGUAGAUAAAAGUCUUACCAUUGCGUGGAUGUUGAUCCAACUUGUUAAUUUUUAAGAUGUCACUGGAAAGCCAGCUUAUCCGACUCUGAUAACAAUUUUGAGUAAAUUUAUCAUUGUGAUAAUUUUAUUGUGUUUUAUUAGCAAUGUUUUAUCAUUUUUUAAACUUUCUCGCUUUUAUUGUUUUCCUGACUUGAUUUUACCUAUUUUCUUCUUAUAUUUAUGGUUUUAUUUCGACUUUUAUCUAAUUUUAUGUAUUUUCAGAUAUACUUUACACAUCUGCAGUCUUUUUUCUUACUUUUAUUCCUUUGUGUUUUCGUACCAUUAACGUUAAUGGUAUCCGUUGUACCGUGAGAAAUAUAAUGUUUUCUGAAAAUUA